CUGUUCGGUACGCCCCAUACAAAUUCCAAUCGUUGCUCGCGUUUUUGGACUAGGUAACUUUUCCUCUCGUCUAAAGCGUGGUGGGAGGGGACUUUGCUUAAUUUCAGGACUCUGACAAUCAAAGUACUGCUCGCCAAAAUUCUUGCAUUCUCUGGCACUUGCCGGAUGAUUUUUCUAAUUUUCAGUAAUAACGAUGCUGGUUUAUGUUGACCAUUGAGAUGUAAGUUUUUUCUCAUCUCUGUUUCAGAUUAGUUUUUUCUAGCACUGGGCGACUAAGUGGUAAAACUCACUAAAACCCAUACGAAAUGGUUUUCUUCUAUAAGUGUGAGCUCGUACAUCCGGCUUAUAUAAUCUACAUGGGUGCUGACAAAAAUGAAAACGAAGAGCUUAUCCGUUGGGGGUGGCCUGAGGACGUUUGGUUUCACGUUGAUAAACUUUCCUCUGCUCACGUUUACUUGAGACUUCGUGAAGGUGAAACACUGGAUGAUGUACCAGAUGCUGUACUGAAAGACUGUGCUCAGCUCGUCAAGGAAAACAGCAUUCAAGGCUGCAAACUGAAUGAUGUUACGGUGGUCUAUACGAUGUGGGAGAAUCUCAAAAAGACCGGCGACAUGGCUGUGGGUCAAGUUGGUUUCCACAGCGGCAAAGCUGUCCGAAAAAUCACCGUGGAGAAACGGAUAGGUGAGGUCAUCAAACGGUUAGAAAAGACCAAGGAGGAGCGCCUAAAUUUCGACUACCGCGCAGAGCGAGAAGAGCGAGACCAACGAAUUAGAGCGAAAGAAAAGGCAGCUCAAACGGCGAGAAAAAAGGCCGAACGGGAAGCACAGAAAAUUCGAGAGGCGGAGGCAGAAAGACGCUCCUACGACAGACUUUUCGUGGAAAGCAAAAUGCGAACCAAUGAAGAUGGAUAUGAUUCUGAUGAUUUCAUGUGACAUUUGAACAAUACAUCAUUCCCCCUACGUUCUUUUAUGAUAUGGGCAAAUAAAGAUCCUGUUGACUCAUUAGCUUGAGUUUCCUAAGACAAGAAUUUUUCGACUAACCGUUUCGCCCUAUGGUGUUGACUAUUUUCGUGAAUUAUUUUUGCAUGGUAUGUCUACCCUGCAUAUUCUUCUCGGCUCAUGUACGUAUUAGGUUCCUUUUUUGCUUGAGUGAAAGCGUUAGGUUCACAUUAAGCAAGUGAAGUGUUGUUUUCCAAACAGAAAUAAGGCAAACAACAGACUCUCUACGCCACAGGCAUCCAAACUACCUUUGCAGACAGUUUGGGUGACACAAGUGUAAAAAUUGUUGUUCUGUUGGACACUGAUCUAUUCCAGACUGUUUUUCCCAAUGAUCAUCUUGAACUUGAAAUGCUCCACCAACCUGUAAUAUUGUUCUAAGCCUGAUAUUAUUACUGCUGCACCGAGG